AUGGCUCCAACACUUGCAGUGUCAUUCAAUGAAUCCUCAGAUAUCACUGAAUUUGUCCUGAACAAAGGCAAUGGAGUAAAGGGUCUCUCCGAAAUGGGCCUCGAAAGCCUCCCCAAGCAAUAUAUCCAACCCCUUGAGGAAAGAAUGUGUGGUACCAAAAUCAUGUCCCAUGAAUCCAUUCCCAUCAUUGACAUGUCAAAAUGGGAUGACCCUAAAGUUGCUGAAGCAAUCUGUGAGGCUGCAGAGAAAUGGGGAUUCUUCCAGAUUAUUAACCAUGGAGUUCCCAUUGAAGUACUUGAGAAUGUUAAGGAAGCAACUCAUCAGUUCUUCAGAUUACCAGCAGAGGAAAAGAGGAAGUAUUUAAAAGAGUUUUCUCCUUCUAACAACGUGCGGUUUGGCACAAGCUUUAGUCCUGAAGCUGAGAAGGCUUUAGAGUGGAAAGAUUACCUUAGUCUCUUUUAUGUCUCCGAGGAUGAGGCUUCUGCGUUGUGGCCUGCGGUUUGCAAGGAUCAAGUGCUAGAGUACAUGAAGAGAUCAGAAACUGUUAUCAGAAAGCUACUGGAUGUGCUAAUGAAGAAUCUGAAUGUGACUGAGAUCGAUGAGACAAAAGAAUCCCUCUUAAUGGGGUCUAAAAGGACUAACCUUAACUACUAUCCGAUUUGUCCAAACCCUGAGCUCACUGUAGGAGUUGGCCGCCACUCGGAUGUCUCAACACUCACUUUCCUCCUCCAAGAUGACAUCGGUGGACUUUACGUGCGAGGGAACAAUGAUAGCUGGAUUCCUGUUCCUCCUGUUAGCGGCUCCAUUGUGAUCAAUGUUGGAGAUGCCUUACAAAUAAUGAGCAAUGGUCGAUACAAGAGCAUCGAGCACCGAGUUAUUGCUAACGGAAGUAAUAACAGGAUUUCAGUUCCCAUUUUCAUCAACCCCAUGCCAUCAGACAAAAUCUCUCCUUUCCCUGAAGUGCUAGCCGGUGGCGAGAAGGCCGUGUAUAAGGAAGUUCUGUACUCGGAUUACGUCAAGCAUUUCUUCCGAAAAGCACAUGAUGGGAAGAAAACAAUCGAUUUGGCAAAGAUAUAAUGCUCUCUUUUUUUUCCUUUCUUUCAGGGGUGUAACUUGUUUUGAUACGACAUGAGCAAUGUGGUCUAAUAAGGAGAAA